AUUGUCGAUACUGGAGGGGUAAUCAAAUAGCAGUCAGUGGCAACACUUGCCCCAGCCUUGUAAUAUGGCCGCUGCAGGCAAGAAAUCAAAAAAGUCAAAAUGGAUCAAAGCCAGCAUCACAGACAUUAUAGCGGAACCAACAACAAUUCCCACGAUAAACAACUGGGCGGACGCCGCAGAUGAAGAACCGACAGAGAGCUAUGGGUUCUCGUCGCGGCAGCGGCCGCCGGUGGUGCUGCCGUCGGCGUCCCGCGCGGCUCGCGGCGGUCUGGCCGUGGACGACGAGUCCAUACCGCGCCGCCCGCCCUUCAUUGCACACAUCUCUAACCUGCCUUAUGAUGUUGACGAGACAGCCAUCACUGAGCUGUUUGGAGAGCUUAAGAUUAUCAACUUGAGAUUGCCAAGAGAAGGGGACCGCCUAAAAGGAUACGGAUAUGUAGAUUUUGAAGAUAGAGAAAGUCUUAUCAAUGCUAUGAAUCUGCCUGAUCUAACAAUAGGGGGCAGACGGAUAAGAAUAGACGUGGCAACGCAGGACAACGACCGCCGCAUGGGUCGAGGGGGAAGAUCCGAUAGGGACAGAGAGUAUGAUCCGGAGCGCACUAUGGGCGAUUGGCGUUCGGGCCCGCGGGCGGUGCCCGAGACGCCGGCGCGGGGCCGCAACGACGCCCGCGACACCAUGCGCGACCGCGACACCCUGCGCGACCGAGACCGGGACUCGAGUGCAGACAACCGACCUGGUGGAUGGCGUGAUGGUGACCGUCCGGCGCCGGAACCGGCUCGGACGCCUUACGGCGGCCGGGACUCCUUCGGUCGCGAUCGCUUUGGAGAAGACCGUGGUAGGGAUCGAGGAUUUGGCCGUGACGGGGAACGCAGCGGCUACGGUGGUCGCGAUGGAUUCCGAACUGCUGAGCGAGAUGGAUUCAGUCGAGAGGGCAGAGGAUUCGGUGGAAGGGGUUUCGGCGAUCGUGACCGUGAUCCACAACCAAGAGAAGAAGCAGCGAAACCACGCGAGCGACCUAAGCUGAAUCUGCUUCCGCGUACCGUCCCGCGCGAGGUAGAGGCGCCCACAAAGCCGGCUGAUGGAGCUCCGGUUGAGGACAAACCGGCGGAGAAAAGCCUCGCUAAGCCUGUGCCUGCUGAGAAAGUCUUCGGCGCUGCCAAGCCUGUAGACACAGCUGCAAAGGAGAGGGAAAUAGAAGAACGUCUUCUUAAGCAGGAAGAGGAAUCUAGACGAGCCGCGGAAGACAAAGAUCGUUGGGUUCGUAGGAAUGACGACUCUGGUGAUCGACGAGGUGGAGCGAGAAGGGAUGACCGCGGUAAAGAUUCUCGCAGCUACAACAGAGACCGACGCGACUAUUCAAAGGAGAACAAAGAUCAUCGCGAUAAAGACGACAGGCGCGACUAUAAAGAUGAUAGAGACCGACGCGACAGGGAUGAUAGGGAUCGGCGCGAUAACAGGGACGACCGGGACAGACGUGAUUACAGGGAUGAAAGGCGUGACAAUUCAGGAGAUAGGCGAGAUUCGCGGGACAGGCAACACUCUCGGGGCAGACGUGACUCUCGUGACAGACCGGGCUCAAAUGAUAGAAGGGACUCCCGCGAGAGGCGCGAAUCCCCUGAAAAGGAUGCCAGAGAUGCGUCAGGCGAUAGGCGCACCCAGUCAUGGGAACGGGAGAACCGCGAACGGGACCAGAAGCCACGAGAAGAGCGCAAUGGGAGAGAGCGUUCGAGACAGAGUCGCUCGCGGGAUCGGGACGACAGAGAAGAAAAACCCUUGCCUAAGUUGAAAGAACAGGAGAAACCGAACUUCGUAGCUUCAAAUAAAUUUAGCUGCCUUGAAGACGCCGACGAUGGCGCCUCUGAUUAACACGUACGAACUUUUGUGUGCGCUAUUACCGUGACUCGUGUAUAAAGUGUAAAUUAACGAGUAUCAAGUGUCAGAAGUGUAGCGAGACUCGAUAAAGCACUGUGACGAUCUUAAAUUGUGCUAUGUUAUAGAACUCAAUUAGUCAUUAGUGUGGUGUGGAUAUAAGUGUAUAUUACGGUCUCUGUAUGCUCACACUGCUUCGAAGCUAGCCCCAGCCUUUAUUGUAGCUUCAUUUAGAGAAAUAUGGACUGUUUUAAACAACAUUAUAGAUUAGCAGUGCUUAUAUACAGAUGACUUACCGUUCGAAAAAUCAUUAGUCGUAAUAAAUAGGCUCAAUUUUUCAUCAGAAUAUUAUUUUUAUGUAUUUACUCAGUGGAAGACUAAUUCAUAGUUUAAAUAGUACUGAGAAUUUGUUGUCAUAGUAAAUAUAUAAUUGAAUCGUUAUUAUCCUCUCUUUUUUUAUUAUAACAGUUUAAAUAUAGUCGCAUUAUCGCGUAUGCAAACUGGUUAUUCCUGUAAGCUCCAGAUGUUUGUCUUUCGACUCUUACUUUAUCCGAAUGGAAAAAUAUUUGGAUUAAUAUAUAUAGUAUA